CAGCAGCACACCUGGACCACCGCGGAGCGGCAGCAGGUGAAGCCGCAGGGAGCGCGUCGACUGCCCCGUGCGAAGAGGACCCGGACCCGGGCGGCCCGGUUCGUUUCGGAGUUUCUGCGAGUUCGAAGGCUCGGUACCACCUGAGCUGUGAGCGUGGGGGGGCAGCAUGGGCGAGGCCCCGGUCAGACAGGACGGUGCAGUGACCGUAUCAGCAGACUACGUGGGCUCAUUUCCUGUGGACGACCGCUGCCUGGACGACCAGAUGAAGCUGCUGCACACGCAGCUCAAGUCCCUCAGAGCGUGCGACAGGCGGAGGCCCGUGUCCCUCAAGUUCUCCGUCAAAGGGGUGAAAAUGUACGAUGAGGAUGAAACGACGCUGCUGAUGGCUCACGCCCUGCGCCGCGUCUCCCUGUCCACGGCGAGGUCCUCGGACGCCCAGUUCGCCUUCGUCUCCCACAACCCGGGCCGCGCCGACGCCCAGCUGUACUGCCACCUCUAUCGGGCCAGGCACUCCAGAGCGGCGCAGUUCCUGAACCUGCUGCUGUGCCGCUGCUUCCAGCUGCGUUACCUGGAGAAGCACCCGGAGGAGGCCCAGGAGGACGCCGCGGGGGGCCCGCUGCCUCGACGCAACCCCUCCCUGCUCAACCACGGCUUCCCCCUCAGCGUCAGCGCGCUGGUCUCCUUCAGGAGAGCCCCGUUCCAGGGGUUGUUGCCGGGGACUACGAAGAACCCACAGCCCUCUGAUGAGCUGCGUGCCGUCCGCGGCGAGGCCUUCCCCACCUCCUCGCCCUCGCUGGUGCGAAAGAAGGCCAUGCGCACCAAGGCGCUGCGCUCCGGGGCCUACCGCUCCUUCACCUUCACGCCGCUCAGGCAGCGCUCCGUUCAGUGGCACCUGAGGGGGUCACCAGGGCAGCACAAGGAAGAAGGGCUUGUGAGAAGAACCCGGGCACCCAGAUUGGCCGAGACUGAAGAAGCUCUGGCGCAGGCGGUGUGGUGCUGUGCCGGGAUCGCAACUGAAAGCAGCUGUUCCCUGCUGGCGGACGAUGUUCUGGGAUCGUACCUCCUGUGUCCUCAUCCUAAAAAGCCCCAGUGUGGCUCUCUGAUCAUCCGCGCGCCCUCCGGACUCAUCACGCUGCUCAUCGAGAACGCCGGCCAAGGGAAAUUCCUGCUGGAGACCCACGGGACUGAGUUCUGCUCCCUGGCGGAGCUGAUCGAGCACUACACGGAGAGCCGGGGCGAGGCGGCGUGUCUGCUGAGCUGUGCCCGGGUCAACCACUGCUACGAGUGGGAGGAACACGCCGGCGGGGCGCCUGAGAAGGACCAGCUCUAAAGGGACCAGAGGAAGCGACACACACACACACACACACUGGAUCCAGAGGUUGCCAACCCCCCAAAAAGUGACACUUAUCCAUUCUAUUUUGCACAGAUAUAAUCUCCUGCCUUUACUUAUGCGUUUGGGAGUCUUCACUAACUAUGCACCUGUUACCGGGGUUGGUGCCUAACGUCCAGUGCACCUGUUCAUCAGAGGGUUCUUGCUGCUUUUUAAUAUUUUUUAAGUGUUCUUAUUUGUGUGUGGGGAUUUUGUCACGACUUGAAAUGUUACGACGUGAAUUUUUUUCUUUGUUUUUACAAAAGAAUAUUCAAUCAUUGUUUUCCUUUGAUUUUUUUGGGUCUUUUUUUGUCUUUUUUUCUGGCUCCUAAGAAAGGACACGUUCAAAUGAUCAGUGUUUAAAGUUCGUCAGGUCACAGUUUACUGCAUAGAGUUAUAUGACAUUAGAUGAUAUGUGAGAUUCUUUAUUGGUCCAAAACGCCGCCAUCUUAUCACAUUUCAUAAGUCUAACAAUUUUCAUAUGGAUGAUCCCUGUUUGAGAUUAAAUGUUUUCAAACCAAAUCCAGCAAAAGUAUUGUUUCCCAUCCAUCUCGAGGGACCGUUAGAACCGUGGGGCCUACAGCGCAAGCAUC